AUGAUGAUGACGUGCCGUCUGCUGUGCGCCCUGUUGGUGCUCGCCCUGUGCUGCUGCCCGUCCGUGUGCGUGGCACAUUCUACGGAUGAAACGGUUGCUGCUACUCAGGUUGAAGAUGUAAAAGAAUCCACCAGCUCGAGUACUUUGUCCUCUGAGUCGAAAGUGGAGGACAAUUCCGAUGAGGAACGGGAUUCAGGUACGGGGUCCGAUGAGGACAGGGGAACAAAAGUGCCAGUGACCCCAGGUUCUUCCGGUGCCGUAAUGCAAUCAAAUGAGGCGGAAAUGCCGGUACAGACAGGAGAAAAGAAAGGUACGACAGAAGAUAAAAAUGAUACAACAGCAUCAAAUUCGCGAAGUAAGGGGUCCACUGCGGAACAGGGAGAGGCUGACGUAGAUGGUGGAAAAGGUUUGACAGCUCCGAAACGGCAGUCAGGCGAUGUUAUCGAUACUGUACACGAAGAAGAUGGGAGUACGACAGGGCCACAAAGCCGCACGAGUAAAUCCGCAGACCAAACAAAUCAAGAAGCCAAAGUUGCUGCCGCGGCGACCACCACCACUACAACAGAGGCACCAAGUACUACGACUACAGAGGCGCCAGCUGUGUCGACCACCAGCGCACCGUCACGUCUUCGCGAAAUCGACGGCAGCCUCAGCAGCUCUGCGUGGGUGUGUGCCCCGCUGGUGCUUGCCGUAUCCGUUCUGGCGUACACCGCUCUGGGCUGA